AUGAAGCUCCAGUCAUGGUCGCCCAAUUGGGUCUUGAAACGACGCUUCGCUUCUCUUAAACUGCGCCCAAACUGCAGUACACGCACAUUCUCAGCGUCACCAAUUUAUCAAUACCGCUCCCUCGAUACCCUCAAAGAUGCCAACGUCAAUACCUUUCAACAGCAAUGUUUCAGCCCAGAGCAACCCGGAUUGCUCCCACGCUCUUAUUUCCGUGACCUGCCCGCGCUGAAGAACUGGUUCCAAAGCCCCUCCCCAAUGACGUCCGCGACGCGCCUGAACGACGACUAUCUGCGAACACAUGCCGCCGACGCGUUUGUCCCACUCGAACUUACCGAGAAAGCCACACAACCACCCAGUACAGAUCGCACAGGAUCGGAACAAAGAGCCACCGAAGCUGUGAACUUCCGGCAGUUUCAUGCGCCGCUUACACUCUUUCUUGACUGGAUGCGCAUGGCGGAAAUGUCUCCACAGUCGGCUCGGCUGUAUCUAGCACAGUGCCAACUGAUGGAUCUUCCACCAGUGCUGCGAGACGAUUUCCCGACACCCACCAUUGUCGCACAGGCUGGGAAAGGAGAUGUGUACGAUACGAAUGUGUGGAUUGGGCAUCCGCCUACUUAUACUCCGCUGCACCGGGAUCCCAACCCCAACCUGUUUGUGCAGCUUGCUGGGCAGAAAGUGGUCAGGCUUCUAGCUCCCGCAGAGGGACAGGCGCUAUUCUCUGCGGUUCGCAGAGAAUUAGGUCAAAGUGGUGGCAAAGAAGCCGCGGCAAUUAGAGGUGAGGAGAUGAUGCAGGGCCAAGAACGAGCCUUGUUAGAUGAGAUGGUAUGGGGUGUCUCAGCUUCUGCAGGUUCAGAUAGCGGACAUCGUUACGAAGUGCACCUGGAGGCUGGCGACGGUCUCUUUAUUCCCAAGGGCUGGUGGCAUAGCAUCAAGGGAAUCGGAGAAGGUGUCACUGCGUCGGUAAAUUGGUGGUUCCGAUAA